AUGAACGGUGGCUUUUCACACACAUUUGUGGAACAACGGCCAAGCUUCUUGAGUCGAAGCGGGCUGCAGUACGGGACGGUGCCACCAAGUGGGCACCCUGAGUACUGUCGCCACCCUCCUCAUAUGCACCCUGGUGGUGACCCCCUUGCCCAUACUGUGCCCCUACUGCUCUAUCCUGCAAAAGUAGAUUCUGCAUUCUACAAAAACUCUUACCCAUGUGGCCCACCCUUCAUCCCCUACCUUCCUACCUUCCACGGGCAUUUUGGGGUGUACGAGUGUCCUUUUGAGCCAGCCUUCAUCCAGAAGCGCAACGAAAGGGAGCGCCAGAGGGUCAAAUGUGUGAACCAAGGGUAUGCCAAGCUGCGGGAGCACCUGCCGGGUGGUACCGGGGACAAGAGGCUCAGCAAGGUGGAGACCUUACGUGCCGCCAUCCGCUACAUCAAGCAGUUGCAAGAGCUUGUGACACAGCAGCCAGGGAGCCCACCUGCAAAAGUACCUCUUGUAGAAGCCUGGGCCAACUCGAAGCAGGCCACAGUGAUGGGGAGUCGGGUUCCUCCUCACCAGGGCUCUAUGGUGAGGAGUCUGAGGGAACGGGGAGCUAAAGUGAGAGUGGAUCCUCCAGAACUGAGGAGUGAGGACCAUGCUGAAGUGGUCGAGAUGAAAGCCUGUAUUGGAAAAAGACAGAAGCUCUUUAGUCAGUCAGUGGACUCUGAUGCAGAUGAUUCUACUGAGCAUAGGCAGAGGAUGGACAGAGACAUAGCCUGUUAA